CACGUGGUCAUCUAUUUAUAGCGGAUAAAGCUGUGAUAUUGAAACUCUUACAGCGCCCGCCUCGGCUUGAAGGUCAUUUUGACCACAAAAUUAUGUGAAAUUACACUUGUCCGUGGGAAAUAAUUGUAAAAUAGCAGAGGAGGCGCGCGAUCAAGGUGACCUGGACUAGAGAAAGGGCUGCCUGGAGCCAUGUCUCUCCUCCUCCGCUGCGUCUCCAGCUGCUCCGUGCCCUUGCUCCAUCAAGGUGCACUGAAGACACCUGGAAGGAGGUGCUUCAGGACUUUUUCUCUCCUCUGGAACCAAGAGGCUCCCAAAGGUGUGCUCUAUAAAGACGUGGUUGUCGGCGUUCCCAAGGAGAUCUACCGGAAUGAGCGGAGGGUGGCGGUAUCACCGGCGGGAGUGCAGGCCCUGGUCCAGCAGGGCUUCAGCGUGCAGGUAGAGAGCGGGGCUGGAGAUGAGGCCAAGUUCUCUGACGAGCAAUACAAAGAGGUGGGCGCCAAGAUCGCUGACGCAAAGGCCACUUUCGGCUCGGACCUCAUUCUGAAGGUUCGCGCGCCAACAUUUAAUGAGGCCCUCGGACUGCAUGAAGCUGAGCUGCUGAAGCCCAAGUCCACUCUUGUGAGCUUCAUCUACCCAGCACAGAACCCAGAGCUGAUGGAGCAGCUCGCCAAGCAGCAGUGCACGGUUUUAGCUAUGGACCAGGUGCCCAGGGUCACCAUUGCCCAGGGAUACGAUGCUCUGAGCUCCAUGGCCAACAUAGCAGGAUACAAGGCUGUUGUGCUGGCAGCAAAUCAUUUUGGAAGGUUUUUCACUGGCCAGAUCACUGCUGCUGGGAAGGUUCCUCCAGCCAAGGUCUUGGUGAUUGGAGGAGGAGUGGCAGGUCUUGCUGCCGCAGGGGCCGCAAAGUCGAUGGGAGCCAUAGUCCGGGGGUUUGAUACCAGGCCGGCAGCUCUGGAGCAAUUCAAGUCUUUCGGGGUGGAACCUUUGGAGGUCGAUAUUAAGGAGUCCGGGGAAGGAGUGGGUGGUUAUGCAAAGGAGAUGUCCAAGGAGUUCAUCGAGGCCGAGAUGGCGCUGUUUGCCAGGCAAUGCAAGGACGUGGACAUUCUCAUCAGCACAGCUCUCAUUCCAGGCAGGAGAGCGCCCAUCCUCAUAAAGACUGAGAUGGUGGAGUCCAUGAAGGAUGGAUCUGUGGUGGUGGACCUGGCUGCUGAAGCAGGGGGCAACAUUGAGACCACCAAACCUGAAGAGCUGCAUGUUUAUAAGGGGGUGACACACAUUGGGUACACCGAUCUCCCCAGCCGGAUGGCCACCCAAGCCAGCACUCUGUACUCCAACAACGUCCUGAAGCUGCUGAAAGCCAUCAGCCCUGACAAGGACUACUUUUUCUUUGAGCCCAAAGAGGAGUUUGAUUACGGAACAAUGGAGCAUGUCAUCCGGGGAACCAUGGUCAUGCAGGAAGGAAAGAACCUUUUCCCAUCACCCCUCCCCAAGACCUCCCCACCUCCCCCUCCCGCCAAACACAAAUCUGUUGCUGAAAUUGAAGCAGCGAAACUGGCGGAAGUCUCCCCGUUCAGACAGACCAUGAAUUCUGCCAGCAUUUACACAGCAGGCCUCUCUGGGGUUAUCGGCCUUGGCAUCGCCUCCCCUAACGCGGCCUUCACCCAGAUGGUCACCACGUUUGGGCUGGCAGGGAUUGUGGGAUACCACACUGUGUGGGGAGUGACACCAGCCCUUCACUCCCCGCUCAUGUCUGUCACCAACGCCAUUUCAGGUCUGACUGCAGUGGGAGGUUUGGUGCUGAUGGGUGGGGGUCUCUCCCCGGACAGCCUCCCUCAAACCCUGGCCCUGCUGGCUGCUUUUGUGUCUUCCAUUAACAUUGCAGGUGGCUUCCUAAUCACACAAAGAAUGCUCGACAUGUUUAAGCGUCCAACAGACCCUCCAGAGCACAACUACCUGUAUGCCCUACCCGGGGCUGUCUUUGUUGGAGGGUACGGGGCAUCUCUAGCCAGUGGCUACAACAUUGAACAGAUGAUGUACCUGGGUUCUGGGAUGUGCUGCGUGGGGGCGUUGGCAGGGCUCUCCGCUCAGCGCACCUCCAGGCUGGGCAACGCCCUGGGCAUGAUUGGCGUGGCAGGGGGCAUCGCUGCAACCCUGGGCAGCCUGAAACCUUCUCCUGAGCUGCUGUCUCAGAUGUCACUGGCUAUGGCCACUGGUGGAACCUUGGGUCUGACCAUCGCCAAGCGUAUCGAGAUCACAGACCUGCCCCAGCUGGUGGCUGCCUUCCACAGCCUGGUGGGUCUGGCGGCCAUGUUGACCUGCGUGGCUGAGUUCAUGAUCGAGCACCCCCACCUGGACUCGCACCCUGCCGCUGGCGUGGUGAAGACUGUGGCCUACCUGGGCACCUACAUCGGAGGUGUCACCUUCAGUGGCUCCCUGGUGGCCUACGGCAAGCUGCAAGGCCUCCUGAACUCGGCCCCCCUGCUCCUGCCCGGCCGACACGCCAUGAACGCCGGGCUUAUGGCUGCCUCUGUGGGGUGCUUGGUGCCCUUCAUGCUGAGUGACAGCUAUGCCACCGGAAUGGGCUGUCUGAUGAGUGUCUCUGGGCUCUCCACAAUCAUGGGUGUGACUCUGACUGCGGCCAUAGGGGGUGCUGAUAUGCCUGUGGUCAUCACCGUACUCAACAGCUACUCUGGCUGGGCCCUGUGUGCUGAGGGCUUCCUGCUGGAAAACAACCUCAUGACCAUCGUCGGUGCUCUGAUUGGCUCAUCUGGUGCAAUUCUGUCUUACAUCAUGUGUGUGGCCAUGAAUCGCUCCCUGCCCAAUGUGAUUCUGGGUGGGUACGGCACAACGUCCACGGGAGGAGGGAAGCCCAUGGAGAUUGUGGGGACCCACACAGAGGUCAACGUGGAGCAGUCCAUCGAGAUGAUUAAAGAGGCGAACAGCAUCAUCAUCACACCAGGUUGGGGCCUUUGUGCAGCCAAGGCUCAGUACCCCAUUGCUGACAUGGUCAAGAUGCUACGAGAACAGGGCAAGUCUGUCAGGUUCGGGAUCCACCCGGUGGCUGGUCGCAUGCCAGGCCAGCUGAACGUGCUGCUGGCGGAGGCUGGAGUGCCCUAUGACAUGGUGCUGGAAAUGGACGAGAUCAACGAGGAUUUCCCAGAAACUGACUUGGCGUUGGUCAUUGGUGCAAAUGACACCGUCAACUCCGCAGCACAAGAGGACCCCAAUUCCAUUAUUGCUGGCAUGCCAGUUCUGGAAGUCUGGAAAUCUAAACAGGUUAUAGUGAUGAAGCGUACGCUAGGCGUGGGUUAUGCUGCUGUGGACAACCCCAUUUUUUACAAGCCAAACACAGCCAUGCUACUAGGGGAUGCCAAGAAAACAUGUGACGCCUUGCAGGGUAAAAUCAGAGACAACUACUACUAGUCUCCAUCUUUGUUUUUGUUUUUGUUUUCUGAUCAAAUUUUUAUGAACCAUGUUCCAUUAUGCAGUUCAUUCAUGUACUAAUUCAACAAGUUCCUUUAGGACAAUUCCUUACUUUUUUCCCCCCUUGUAGACUGACAAAGCUUAAAAUGAAAUGAAGAGAUUAAAAUGUGAGGUUGUGGCAAUUUCUGCUGAUUUAAUCCAUCUGAAACUUAAUUUAUUCAAGUGCAUGCACUGAUCUGAUUUGUAAAUAAUAAAGUCUAUUUACAUGAGAA